AGUCGCGCCAUUUUCGUCUGCACAAGAAGGACAACAACACACACACACGAUGGUGAUGAUGAUGAUGAUGAGGUUUGUGCGACUCGGGUUGCCUGUUGUUGCGAUCACGAGCGCUUUGGCGAGAGCAGGGACCAGCACCAGCUGUCCUGCUGCUGCUGCUGCUGCUGCUGCUACCAUGAUGGGUGGUGGGAUGCGCUUCAACUCAUCACAGGCGGCUACCGUCUGCGUCUUUGGCCAUAAGAUCCCUGAUACGGAUGCUGUGUGCGCAGCCAUUGUGCGUGCCAUUGAGCUGGAGCACGAUGGCUCCAAGGCCACGGCAUAUCGGCUCGGUGACCUCAACCCAGAGACGGAAUACGUGCUGCAACGGUUCAAGGUGGACGUGCCGCCGCUACUGCCGGACCUACGUGCCCGCCCAUGCGACUCUGUGGCCAUCGUCGACACCAACAACCCAGCUGAGCUCCCAAGUGACAUUGCCAAAGCGAAUGUGACGUCCAUCAUCGACCACCAUAAGCUCGCCGGCCUGACCACCAUGGCGCCGCUUGAGAUGGAUGUGCGCCCGCUCUGCAGCACAGGCAGUGUUCUCUUCCACCGAUUCAAGGCCAAGGGUUACACCAUCACGCCGGAGGUUGCCCAGCUCAUGCUGGCGUGCAUUCUCUCGGACUCUCUCCACUUCCGCAGCGUCACCACCACCGACGCCGACGAGCAGGCCGCCAAGGAGCUCGAGGCAAUCGCAGGCGUGUCUGCUGCCGAGCUCGGACCAGCGAUGCUGGAGGCCAAGAGCCGCGUGUCGCACCUCUCUGGCGAACAGCUCGUUCUCCUCGACUCGAAGACAUACACCCUGCACGGAGAGCGUACACGAGUGAGUGUGGUUGAGACGACACACGGCCCCAGCGUGCUGGCGCGGAGCAAAGACAUCCUUGAAGCCGCCCACACUGUGAAAGCGCGCGAAAGUCUCGACCGCGUGCUCUUCUUUGUGGUGGACAUUACUGCCGGUCGCGCUGUCCUUGUCACGGACGACCAAGUGGAGGCUGCGCGCGUGUCUGACGCGUUUAGCAAGGCCGGGAUCAAGGCGUCGGUGAGCGAGACGGAGGAUGGGGAGCUGCACGUUGUGCUGCACGGUGUUCUCAGCAGGAAGAAGCAGAUGAUCCCCGCACUCGAGGCAUAACCUUUGUUGUUGGUUGUUCGGUGUUUGUUGAUGAUGUUUGUUGCUGAUGUUUGCUGUUCAUGUUGUUGUUGUUGUUGUCGCUGUGCCUUUGGGUUUGACUGCUAUGCCUUUGUACAUACAUGCCGGCUACACAGGCUUGUGUUUGUCCGCUGCUGCCGUGUUGCGCGCUGCUUGCGUUGUUAGUGCAUGUGUUAGUGUUCCAUUCUUUCCUUAUCCCUUCGCCUAAAUAGAGGACGACAAAGAAG